AUGGGAAACGAAGAGAAAACGGUGACCAAGCCUGUGAAGGAACAUGCUGGAGAGAAACGUAAGGCAGUAGAUGAAGCAAAGAUGACGUCUUCUGGCAAGUUUGAGAAUAAGAAAGAGGAGAUUACCAAGAGCAAGAAAGGAGAUGAGGAGGACGAGGAGGAAGAAGGAGAUGAUGAUGAAGACGAGGAAGGAGGAGAUGAAGAGGAGGAAGGAGAUGAGGAGGACAUGGCCCCAAAGAAGAAAAAGCGGCGGACGCGAGAUAACGACGGCAGCGAAGGGAGUGGAGACGAGUCGGAGCCUGAGAUUAAGAUGACGGAAGACGACCUUGUGGGCGUCGACACGACCAACAUCAUUCCACGCUCACGGCGUCGAGCGGCUGUUGCUGCGAUGGCACUGGCAUCGGAGGAGAUUGCGGCUGCUACGGGAGUCGCACCAUCUGUUGCUUUUGGUGCGGUUGAUAACGAAAAGGAUGACGGUGAAUCUAGCGACGAAGCCGAGUUUUGA